AUGAAGAUAAGAUUUUGUUUUAACUCCAUUCUAAAGGCAUGCAAAUCAAGGGGAGAGAUAGGUAGUGCUGACACCUACGAUACAGGCGUUGACGUCAAUGUCGUUCAAGGGACAAAAAAUCCGUCCGUGAGAGAUCCAAACACGUUAAGAACAGAUCCGAGAGACUCGGCAAACAAUCUGUACGCUAUUGAUUUAACCGAUGCUGAAGACAUGUACAAAGAUUGGGAAAAAGAUUCGGACGCAUUACAACCGGGGGAAAUCUCUAGAAGUUCUGACCAAGCAACUGAUCAAGAUGCGGUAGGGGAAGUCACAGAAAUUGACACCGGAGGUAGUGGAGAUAGUGGACAGUUGCCGCCGUCGCCAUUCGAUAUUGUACCUCUUAAUUGUCCGGAUGAUUUUCUGAUAAUGUAUCCAGUGAUGUCAGGAAAAUUUGCAUUUCGAAACCCGAAUACCGGAUCCUAUCUCAUCAAAUUUUUAAAUGAGAAGUUGAAUGAAGUUUUUAAUGGGUGUAACCUUUUACAGUACCUUACACAUGUAAGUCAUGAGAUGGCAAGGUAUGAAUACAACCCAGAUCUUAAUCAAAUAUUAAUAACAAAUCUAAGAAAACAAGGGGCAGCAAGGCGGACUGGUCGAUCAUUUGAUCCGCUUUUGACAUUUAAAAACUAUUUACAUCGGACAAUUAAAUAUUUGAGCAGCGAAGAGAAUCAUGAAAAGCUUGUUAAAAUCAUUGGCGAGCAGCACAGGAGCCAGUUGAAAGGCGAUCCUUCAGUGGUGGAACCUUAUCUUGGUUGGGUGAUAAAUAAUCAGCUGAGUGAGCAACAAAUGACUGAGAUUUUAAAAACAAUUUUACCAUUCAAGAUGACAGCAUGCAUUGUCCACAGAUUAACAGACGAUGUGUGCUUUAAGCCGAAGAAAGAAAAGUCCAUGAUGGGAAUACUCUGGAAAAAAAGGUUACCAAAGGAAACUAACGUUUAAAAGAAAUGACAUUUGUUUGCAUGAUGUCAUUCAAGCGGUGGUUUAAAUGAUGAAGAAAUAUAUUUUCUUUGACACAUAGCAAUUUAGUUAUGGGAAGAUAUGAUUUCUGUUCAUGUUGUUUAUUUUUAGCCGUUUAUAGGUUGCUAUGUUUUUAGUGACUCACUGACUUAGUAAUUUUUUAUAGCAUGACGCUCUCAGUUUGUCCGUCUGUCUGAACAACAACUCAUUUCAUAAACAAGCCCUUUAUUUAUUGUUGUGUAUUUCAAUGACUCAUUGACUUGUUAAUAUUUUCUCAUGUUUUUUAUAAAGACCAAAGACCUUCAGGACGUUUUAUGAGAUGACGCUGUCAGUCUGUCUGCCGUUAUCAACAACUUGUUUCACAAUCAAGGUGAAAUAAAUACGUUAACUCCACUGUUCGGAGAUAAAAUGUGGACACAUUGUAAUGACCCUCUCAUUGGCGUUGGCGUGACCGUUGGUUUUACUUAUAUUUUUAAGUUCUAUUUUCUCAGAAACUAUAAAAGAUAAAAUGGUGCUUCUAUUCACCUAAAACUUAGUGGACAUGUUUAUUGUCAUGAAAGGGUACUAUUUUAAAGGUUAUACCCCCAUUUCAAUUAAGAUUUUGAGCCCUGAUUAACCUUUUUGGCAUGACUUUUGAAGUUUUGAUGUUUCAUUUGUUAGAGGCCAGCGGUCCAUAAUUAUAUAUAAUAUACGUGUGAACAAAAUGCUUAUGAGAGAGGAAAUCGGAAUUACAAGUAGCAUUAACAUUAAUCGUCUUGACAAUCUUGACAGCUACAUAGGGCAUGAAUGAUUUUUGCAUUAUCAUUGUAAAGUACAUGUAUAUAUUUAUCAUUCAAGUCAAAUAUUCACAGUGUACUUGUGUACAUUUCCUUAUUCGUUAUUUGAAUGCGUACCAAAUGUAAAAUGUUAGAGUGUUUUAUACAUACUCAUAUUGUUUAGUCAUUAAAAUGUUAAAAUUCUUGUGUGAAAGUUUUACGAUAUAUUUUCUAAGAACAUAUUUCUCUCGAAUUUCUUGGUAAACUGGACACUUAAGAAUGAAAUGGAACUCGAUCUCGAUAUCACUUAUGUUUUAGUAAAGGUUAAUUUUCGGAGUAACUUCAAAUUAAUUCACUACAGUCUUGAUAUACAUGUACACUAUCAAAAUAUGACACCAUGUCAUAAGGGCGUUCUCUUUAAAUUCAAUUUUGCAAAGUUAUGCCCCUUCUUUCACUGAAUGUAUUAUUUAAGGCCAAGUUCUCAAAAAUUGUGAGAUUUAAUUACUUCUAACUUGAAUUAUUUUUUCUUUUUUAAAUGGGAAUGCAUUUCUAAAGGGCAGGUAACUUUUUAAUUUAUUUCUUUUGUUUUACGUCCCUUUGAAUUUUUUGUUAAGGUACAUUCCUAAAAUAGUAUCAAAUAUAUUCAAUGAAAACUUGAAGUACAUGUCAAUUAUCAAUUUGAAAUGCAAUUGUUGGGGAGAUAAUCCUUUAAGCCCCUUUUGCUCUAUUAUUUCACUUGUUUGAUUUAGAACAUUUGCCUUUUUCUCAAAAAACUUUUAAGGCAUUCACUUCAAACUUGAAAUAUUUGUUUAUACUUUCAAGGGCAGGUAAGUCUCUGAUAAGCAUGUUAACAGAUUUAUGCCCCCUUUUCUAUGUUGGUUUAUUUUUACCAUCCAGCACUACGGAAAGUGUGUGUAAGGUUUUCAGAUUUAUACUUGAUUUCUAUAUUUGUAUGUGUAAAUCUACAAGCUUUAUAUACAUGAAUAAGGAACGAUUCCAAAACAAAAUAGAUGAUUUUUUCAAAUAUAUGAUAUUUUGUUUGUUUUCCAUAUCCUUUGUUUUUCUUGUGAAAUAAACCUGUUUUAGUAU